AUGAAUGAAGAGUGGAAAGCCUACCACCCAAGUAACCUGCUUCACACACAGGAAUGGAUAGCAAGAUACAAACCUGGCGGGUACCACCCUGUAAUCCUUGGUGACUGCCUCAAUGAUAGCCGCUAUACCAUAUACCACAAAUUGGGAUGGGGUGGCUACUCGACAGUCUGGCUUGCUCGCGAUCACAGACUUCGCCGGUGGGUGUCAAUUAAGAUUAUUACGGCAGAUAGCUCGCAAAAGUCCAAGGAGCUUGAAAAUUUGGAAAUCUUAGCCAAGAAAUCUCAAAGUGGACUUUUGAAAAACUACAUCGUUGAAGUUUUUGAUCACUUUUUUCAUAAAGGGCCCAAUGGAAACCAUCUCUGUAUUGUUUUUGAAUUACUUGGGCCCACAAUCAGCACAGUUCUUCAGGACUACAGUGAUGGUGGAGACCGCCUGGACGAAGACACUAUUUUAAAAUUGACAAAGCAAUUGUUAAUUGCUCUUGCUUUUAUACAUAAGUCUGGCUUAGUGCAUGGUGAUAUCAGCGGUAGAAACAUUGCAUUCAGCUGUAAUCGCCUCUCACAACUAUCUGAAAAGGAUCUUUUUGAGGUUCUUGGAGCACCUAGAGUGGAGGAUCUUGUCAGAAUUGAUGGGGCGCCGCUAGCAGAUGGCAUGCCUCAUCAAAUGGUUGAAGCUGCAAAAUGGGAUGAUUGGAUAGAUGAAGAUGAUGAGGACCUGCGAAUACUUGAUUUUGGAGAGGCAUUUCAUCAAGGUAGUGCGCCUAGCAAGCUUUCCCAACCAGGAAACUUGCAAGUGCCGGAGUCGAUAAUGACAGAUCACCUCGAUUACAGGCUUGAUUUAUGGCGUGCUGGCUUGAUGAUCUAUUCCUUUGUGUUUACAUCAAUUCCAUUUUUUUACCUUGGUGAUAAUACCGCCUUAAUCAUGCGGAUGGUCCAGUUUGUGGGCGGCGAGCUACCGAAUGAAUGGAGGGACAAAUGGGAACGAUUGGUUGCUGAGAGGGCCCAGGACAGCUUGGCUCAGAAUGGCCACCAAUCCGAGUCAGAGCUCGAUAUGAGAUUUGAUGGAGUACACGAACCAGCGCUCAAGGGACUAUCAGAAACCGUAAAGAGCCUAUUAAGACUCAACCCUUCCGAUCGAGUUUCUGCACAAGACGCCCUGGACCUACUUCCUACUAACACUACUUGA